GGCAACAGUCACAUUGCUGAUAUUGAAAUGCGCUAUCAACCUCCUCAAAUCUAUGCUUUUUACAUGUCUUCCUUCUCUUCUUGUUAUGGGAGCGUUCAAAACAAUUCUUCUGAAGUUGAAUAUGCUCGGCGUAUAUGGGAACAUGAUGAAACGGUUUACGAUGACUUGAGCCAUAUAGUCGAAUGGAUAGGUAAUGGAGAAGCAUCUAGUCAUGCCAUUCUUACCUACUAUAUGGCAUACUUUGACUUCAAAAGCGUUAAACUUGAACAAGCUUUCCGUAUGCUAUGCUCCAAGCUUCACCUCAGAGGAGAAACACAGCAGAUUGAUCGUAUAUUAUAUGCAUUUGCAGAUAGAUAUUUUCAAUGCAAUCCACAAUGUAUCUUUGGCACAAUUGACACUGUCUACUCCAUUAUUUAUUCACUUUUGCUUUUGAAUACUGACCUUCAUGUUGUCCAAGGUGAUCACAAAAGGAUGUCUCGUACUGAUUUCAUUAAAAACACCAUGAAUGCUAUUCGCACCCAGUCGAAUGCCCCUACAUAUGCCUCAGAUAGGCUCCAUGACGAUCAUCUUGCCAGUGGAGUAAGCCUCUAUCGUGCACCAAGUACUCACAGUAGUAUCAGCUCUCGGUCUUGUAUUAAUGAUAGCAACAUUGAGUGUACACCACGCCAUGAAUCGUAUCCACCGCCUGGAUCCAAGGCUUGGGAUAUGGAAAUCGUUCAUCUCUUAAAGCAGAUGUACGUCAAUAUUCGUAAUAACCAGAUCAGCGACCCAUCUGCUUCAGUCGCAGCUAGCAGUAGUACUAGCCGUAUGAGUAUAGUUAUCAAGCGCAGCGUAGGCACUCUCAUGGGGAAGAAUAACCAAUGUGAAGAAGACCCUAUUACUCGUCCUGCAAGUCUUUCAUCCACAAAUCAUUGUCCAUCCAUUGCCUCCACAAGAUCAUCUAUUUCUACUCAGUAUCAAACCAUUGCUUCUCAUCUUCAGCAUACAGAGCUUCCGAAUGCAUAUACCAGUAAUGCUCCUUAUUACAAGGAAGGAAUUGUCAUCCGAAAGCAUCUAUUGGAAAAAGCAAACCAAAAAGCCAAGUACCGUGAUUGGAAAGAGUGCUUUAUGGUCAUUGACCGUAGUGAGAUUCGCAUGUACAAGUUGGAAUCAUCGAGUCAGAUCCAGAAUCAACGUAGACGCAGUACUAAUCGCCUUCGCAAUUUCACCAGCCGUUCUUCUUCUGUAUCUGAUUCUGCUUCACAAGUAUCUGACUGUAGCAUAACCGACGCUGUAGGGGGCGGCGAUUGGUUGUCUCGUGCUCAAAUGAUAGGUAGCAUUGACCUUAAGCAUGCUCUUGCCAAUGUGCUUCCUUCGGGAUACAGUCGCCAACGCCAGCAUGCCUUUGCUGUUCAGCAAGCGAAUGGCGCUGUUCAUCUAUUCCAAGUUGGUUCUGCAGAUCAGAUUCACGAAUGGGUCUCUACUUGUAAUUACUGGGCAGCUCGUGAAAGUAAGGGCCCCUUGGCUAGUGGGGUUAGCUCUAUGGAGUAUGGAUGGGGUCAUUGUUUGGAUAGAGUGCAUGAAUCUGUCGUUAUCCAUGAAUGGCAACCACCCAAUCCACCAAUGAUGCAUAGUUUGCUUGAUGAAACAUCACAGUUUAAAGCACUUUGCAAACAUGUUGAAGAGUUAAGUACUGAAUUAGACGCCCACCGCGACCUUAAGCCGAGAAUAGAACAUCGUUUUUCAGGCACAAACUCUAAAAGCGGCGCCCGUGCGAUGAUCAAUUGGGAAAACAAGUCUCAUUACUUGCUACACGAAAUUAUCAAAUACCAAAACUACUGCGAUUCCAUUGAAAAGUCACUCGAACUUCAAAAAAAGGUUAUGUCCUCUUGAUGAUGUUUCUCCCCCAUUUUUCUCCUUAUUAUCUGUACCUCAUUUACUUUAUGUUUAUAUUAGCCUUCUCCUUGUAAAUAACGUUAUUUACAAUAAACUAUUGCUUGUACC